CCCCAAACACCCCAGAGGCCACUUCGAGUGAAGCAGACAGUGGAUGAGACAGAGUGUGAUUCUCGAACCACCAGCACACACGCCCGGAAGAUUGGAGCGAACAAGAGAUGCUCUUCUGCAGAUCCAUGCGCAGAACUCAACCUCACCAAGGCUGAGACUCGGAAAGAGACGAGCUGCUGCACACGCCUGAGUCUUGAGACACUCUGUCCUGUGCACAGGCGCCUCUUUUCUGUCGGCCCAAAUGUCUUGGCAACACGUUGCAACGAUAAAAGAGAGCAAAAGGUCUCGCCGGACGCGGGCUACACUCGAAACGGCCCGGUGUGA